AUGUCCACCGACUUUGGAGCUUCGUUGCUUGAUCGCCUCCAGGGAUCCGAGCCCACUGAGGCGCAAUUGAAGAAGAUGUCUUUCCUCGAAGAGAAGCGCUCUCGCAUUGACGUCGACUGCCUUCGCGACAGCACCCUGAAGAUGCAUGAUUGGUACAACGAGCGCGAUGCUUUCGUCAACGGAAACGAUGAAAUCAAGGAGAACUUCUGGGUUCGCGUCUUCGCCAAUGCCCCUAGCGAGAUCGACCAGUACAUCAUGACCCCUGAUGCGGCGGCUCUGGGAUCUACCCUCACGAACCUGAAGGUGGAACGAUUCGAGCUUAAUGAGCAGGGCCAGGGUGAGCCCCGCAGCAUUCGCUUAACCUUCGAAUUCCGUACUGGCGAGGAAAACCCAUUCUUCGAGAACGAGAAGCUCGUCAAGGAGCUCUACUGGCGCAGGAGGUCCGUCAAGAAUGCUGAUGGCAAGACCAAGUCCUGGGAGGGCCUUGUCUCCGAGCCGGUUCGCAUUCAGUGGAAGAAGGACAUGGAUCUCACUAAGGGCUUGCUCGAUGCGGCUUGCGACCUGGCCGAGGCCGAGAAGGGUGGAAAGGACCGCAAGAAGCUCCCGGAGUUGGAGAAGCUGAAGAACAAGAUUGUUGAGCUGGAGACCACUGCUGACCAGGAGGAGGAUGAGGAUGAGGAUUUCCCCCUCAGCCCCGCAGGCGCAAGCUUCUUCGCCUUCUUCGGCUACCGGGGUAACGAUGUAUCUGCAGAGGAGUCGAAGGUCGCUACUAAGCAGGCUGACGAGCGCUUUGCCAAGUUGUCUAAAGGAGAGACAGUCGAGGAUGAGGAGGAAGAGGAGGACGAAGAAUUCGAAGACAUUGAGGUCUUCCCAGACGGAGAGCAGCUUGCUAUCGCCAUUGCCGACGAUUUGUGGCCCCAUGCUCUCGAACUUUUCAAUCGCGAUGAGGGGAUGGAUAUCGAGGAACUCGAGGGUGACGUUGAUGACGAAGAUGAGGAUGACGGAGACGACGAGGAAGACGCACGCCCCAAGAAGAAGACCAAGGUGUAA